AUGUCUCGUUUUGCCUCGACCAAGUGCGAGUGGCCACCCGGCCCAAGGAACUGCUACCUGAGAGCCAUCGACAAUUUUGAGGGUUUUGAGCAAGCACCCGCCACAGCGGACGACCGCACCUUGGAAAAGACAGGAUGA